UGUUAUUAAAAUAUUCGGUAAAUGGUAUCGAACACGCUAGUGUAGCGGUUAAUCCGCAACAUUACUAGAUUAAUUGAACAUGCUAGCUAAAUUAGUUCAGCCAGCUAACAGUCAGUUAUUAUCAGGCAUCUAAACUAAAUCACAGCGGUGCAACUGACUUGCAUCAUAGCAUAGUGAAUAUUCAUAUUGGAAACGGCUCAUUUAGGUGGCCUGUGUUGUGAAAGCAAGCUCAUUUGGAUAGCUAGCUAGUGAUAUUACACCGAAACCUACUAUCGUUUGAGCUGGCCAAUAUGAGACGGAUAAGUGAUUCACACAGAGCCUCGUCUGUGGAGGGACUGAAAGUUUCCAGUAAAGUGUUGAGAUUGGGACGAACAUCAGCCAGGGAAGAUGCAGCUGAGUUCAGUGAUGACGAAGAGUUAGAGCGUCUGGAGCAGGAGUUGGAAGAAAGAGGAGCGGAAAUGGAGCAACUGCAGCGGGAGAAAGCUGUAGCAUUAAAGAAGCUGGAACAUCAAGAGAAGCUCCAGCAGAGCCUGAGGCAGCAAAGCCAGGAGCAACAGCAGGAACAGCUUGAAAUGGAGCUGGACACCAAUUCCGAACUGGACCUGGAGGGGGGAGAUGUGCUGGGUGAGAGUCCGUACAUUGGAAAAGCCCGUCACAAAAGGAACGCAUUUACAUCAAACAGCGUUGAUGCAGGGAACAGACAUCUGGCCACAGGAGGUCUCAUGCAUACAGACAAAUUGGAAGAGAAUAAGUUUAGACAUGAUGUGGCAAGAGUACAUGCUGUGACUGUAGCAGAAGAGCAGCUACAACAUCUGCAUAAGGAGAUGGAGUACACAGAGCGACAGAUCCUGAGAGCCAGCAAGGAGCUGCAACAACUAGAAGAGGCAGCAUCUCAGAAACGAGCUUCAGAAACAGAGAAGGACCAUCUUAGGCAGCAGCUGCACAUGAAGAUCCAGAAGCUGUGUGAGAUGCGGCAGGAGGCAGAGACCCUGGAGAAGCAGCUGGACAGGCAGAGCUCUGAGCUCAGUGAGGCUCAAGAAGAGCUGGACCAGCUUCAGAGCUUACUUCACACUUUGAAGCCAGAAGACCUUAGAUACGCUCAUGUGAAGGCUCAGUUAGCCAGUAAGAAUCAGCUGCUGUCCAUCAUGAGUAGGAAACAGCACGAGUUGGAAGGGCGGCUAGAUGACAUGCUGAGUUGUAUCACAAAGGAGACAAGAGAGAUCAAAGAUCUAGAACAACAGCUUACUGAGGGUCAGAUAGCAGCUAAUGAAGCACUAAAGAAGGAUCUAGAGGGUAUAAUCUCUGGACUGCAGGACUACCUGUAUGGGGUGAAGGAUCAGGCUCGACAAGCCCAAUCUGAUUGCCUGCGCAUGCAAAAGGAGAAAGACACUCUACAGCAGCUCCUCUGGGACAAAGAUCAACAGCUCAACCAACUGCUGCAAGUAGCCCAGAUCUGUGAAAACACAAAGGAGGAUUUGUUGCAGCACCAGGAGGAGUUGCAGGCUCUGCAGCGGGAGAAUGCAGAGCUGAGGGAGGCUCAAGUUCAGGGCCGUGCCCGUGAAGCUAAAUUGGAGGCUCAGCUGCGAGAGAGAGAUUCUAAGGUCAACCACCUGAAGGAGGAGUUGAGUCGAUUGCAGUGGCUCAGUCACCUGGAGCAUUCCGCACUGCAGGCAGAACUGCAGAAGGAGAGACAGGCUAAGGAGAAUGCGCUGGCUCAGCUGCAGCUAGCUGCAGAGAGUGAGCUGGAGAACACUGAUCUGCUGCAACAGCUCAACACGCUGCAAAGGGAGAAAGGUACACUGAUGGAGAAGGUCAGUGUCUUGCAAAAAGACUUGCAGCAGAUCAAGAGGGAGCUUCUGUGUCCUAAACAAGUGGCCAAGAGUUUGCAGGGGCUGAAGAGAAUCCUCACCACAGGAUCAGGGGAACUAAGCAGACUGAAUGGUGAUGGAGAUGUGCUGAGUGAAAGCUUGGCUGAACUGCAGGAAGAGCUUCAGCGCACAGUUUCUGCUGCUUUGAGAGACCGAGAUGAGGCCUGGAGUGCUCGGGAAAGGCUGGCAUGUGAGUUGGGCGUUGUCAGAAACAGGCUUAUGCACUAUCAGCAGAAAUACCAGAGUGCAUGGGAAGAGGCUCAACAGGCUAGGACCCAACAGGAAACAGAGAGGCAUGAGGAGGAGGCUGAGCUCCUCCUGUUGAGGGAGGAGCUGCAGGAGGUGCAGGAGCAGCAGUACCUGACAUUACAGCGUCUGCAAGAAGCCGAGAGAGUGAGAGAUCGUCUACUCUUGGAAUUUGAGAAGCAAGAUAAACAGGUAAAGGCUGGGGAGGCUCUAACACAAGAACAGCUACAGUCCUUGAAGCUGGAGUUAAGAGAGCUUAGGAGAUUCUUCUCUACCGCUGAUCAACUGGCUGCCGAGCAGCUGAAAGCUGCCAAGGACCAGCUUCGUUCACUUCACAGCACAGUGCAGAGAAUUAGUCAGGAGAGAGCAGAGGAUGCAGAAGAGCUAGAAGAAUCCAGGAUGCAGGCUGCUCAGGCCAUGCAAGAUCUAACAAAGGCAGAGGCAACAAUGCAGGUUCUGCAGAAGCUGCUUCAAGACAGGAUAUCAGACACAGAUGUCCCACCCUCCAGUGUUCAACACCAGGAGUUAGCCAGACUGAAUCAAGUUUUGAAAAAGCAACUGGUUCAGAUGAAACGGCUUCAAGAACAGCUGGCUCAGGCACUAGAAGAUAACAGUGGAGACCUGGAUGAGUUGAUUGAGGAGAUGGAAGCCCUCAGAAAUGUGCUGCUGCAGCAGAGCAAUUACCUGUCCAGGUUUGGAUGUCCUCCACAAAGCAGUGGAUACUGGUACUACGUAUCACCAUACCAAAAUAACCCCAGUCUUGGUUCUCAGGCUACACAGGACUCUGGCCUGGGUUCUCAGUAUGUCCCAUCACCUGACAGAGGCAAACAUUCCAGAAGCCAGCAACACAAAGAGACAAGACCCACUUCCAGCUCAGAAUACUGUGUUUACUCUCCCCACCCACAUGAUCAACACGAUUAUGGGAAAAGAGAGUCUUCAUGCAGAAACCGUGAUGGUGAGAAUGAUGAGGAUGGUGUUGGUGGAACUCAUUUCAGCCCCCCACCAGGCUCCGUCAUCUACACUGUGCCCCCUGAUGGCACCCAUCUUCCCCCAGGCAUGGUCAUCUACGCCCCUCCUGUUCCAGGUCUGGCCGUAGGCCCUGGUUCAGUGUUUUAUGGCCCUCCACCUGAAGGGGUCGGGCUGGUUUAUGGCCCUCCUCCCAGUGGUCUACAUAUCUCUCUAGUCCCUAAUGGCACUCUACACUGCAGUGUACCUGGUCAUCUGGAUAUGUCAUACUCUUUAAGGGAGGCAGACCAUUCUUUAAGCAUGCACGAGUCCGGCAGAGUGGCAAGUGGACAGGUACUCGGGCUGGAGGAGCAGAGAUCAAAGUUGCAGAUGGAACUUAAAGAGCUGCAGGGAGUUGUGAGCCAACCUCAGCGCCACAAGAGGCUGUUGGAGAGUUCACUGGGCCGUGCAGAAGAGAACACUGUAAUGGACGAGGUGAAAGAUCUGAAGAAAACUCUCCUCAAACGCAGGACUGAGCUACGAGAAAUAGACCGCCUGCUGUCAGAGGCUGAAGCAGAUCUAAAGGAUACCAGAGCUAAGACCAAAUACACACUGCAGCGCUACAGCAAAGCUGAGAGACAGUUUAAAGAAACAGAAUGUGAGCUUGAGGAGGUUAAACAGCAAACCCAGGAUAGCACCAGACAGCUAGUAAACACCAAACAACAGCUCCGGGAUCUUCAGGAAGAGGUGAAAGAUCUGCAAAGAUUUAAGCAGGAUCAGAUCACACUAAAACAAAUGGAAAAAAUGAUUUCAGCUCGAGAUGCAGAGAUCCAAGAAGUCAACAGAACUCUGGAGAGAGUAACCAAGAAAAUGGAGGACAUGCAGAAAGAACUGAGAGAGGCACAGCAGCAGAAAGCAAAUAUUUUUAUGGACUGCAGGGAUUCUGAGGAUAUUCUACACACUCAUAGAAAAGAGGUGGACCAUCUAAACACCCAGGUGCUGCAGCAGAAGGAACAGCUGUCUUUGCUAGGGCAGAAGCUAGAGCAGUGGCGGGAAGAGGAAGACAUUGUGAGGGCAAACGUGGAAAAACACAGGCAGUGCCUGGUGGAGGUGCUGAGGCAGGGAGAAGAGGAUGCACACAGUCUGCAGCAUCACAUUAAGGAGCUGCGUGGGGAUGUACAGUCUCUGGCUGUGCAAAAAGGAGAACUGGACUCCCAGCUCUCGGAGAGGAGAAGACGACUGGCUCAGUAUAAAAAGGAAGAGAUGAACGUUCAAGAGAGAGUGCGGAACCAGCAUGCAGUCAUCAACAAGCACAAAGCAGAGCUGAAGCAUAUCCUGGAAAUGAUCCAGUUGGAGAGUGUGGAACUAGAGAGAGUGAAGGUUCAGCACAACCAGAAACUGGACGAGCUGGAGAAGAGCCAGGAGGCUUUGCUACAGGUGCGUCUGGAAGUGCAUGAAGUGAAGAAGGAGCUGCAGGAGCAACAGGCUGAGCGGGAGAGGAACAGGGAGCUGCAGGAGCAGGAGAUCCUUGCAUUGAAAGAGCAGACUAAUGCCGCAGCCAUAGAGAGGAGCAGCCUUCUGGAGCAGUGCACCAGCAUGGAGGCCUGCCGCUCACACACACACAGAUGUCAGGAAACAGCAGAAGAGGGGUUGCGGAAAGCAGAGGCAGAGUUGCUGAAACUGCAAGCAGAGCUGACCGAGCUGAAGCAGGAGCACAGACAUGCCCAGAGUAUUCGAGAAGAGAUCACCAGGGAUGCUGCCACAACCCAGCAACAACUAGAAGAGAAAUCUAAGGAUCUGAAUAAACUAAAGGAAGAUAUAGCACACGCAACAGUUCAGAUAGAGAAAAUUAGAAAGGAGGUAGAAGAUGCUCAGCAAGAACAGGAUGACUUUGUGAAGCAGUAUCAGCAUCAGAAGGCUUUGAUGCAGGACAAAAUCCUGAGGAGACAACAAAGAAUAAAUAAAAUGGAGCAGCAGCUGAAGGAGAUUGAGGCAUCUGUGGAAAAGAAAGAGAUGCAACUUGAGCGACAAGAGGAGCGCCUGAUGAUCCAACAGCAGCAGAGUUUAGAGUUGGAGGAGCUACAGAGGAAACAGCAGCAAAAGUUGCAGUCCCAGCUGCAGGCACUAGAGGAAGUUCUGUCAAAGCGAGUGGAAAAGAUGGAGCAGGUCACAGUUGUUGUGGAAGAGCUCGAAGAGCGGAGACAUUUCCUGUUGGCAGAUCAGCAGCAGUGUGCUUUACUGCAGGACAGAGUAGCACAGCUGGAGCAAGACCUGGCUGAGAGUGAGGCCAGGUUGUGUGCCAGCACAGAGGAGCAAAAAGAAGCAAAGGAGGAGCUUGAAACUUGCCACUCUGACAUCCAGAUUCUUCAAGGGUCUCUAGCCAUUGAGAGGGAGCAUGCAGAGGCAUUGAUAAACUGCAGUCUCACUGACAGAGAUAAACUACAGCAGGCUGAGCUAUGGAGUCAGCAAGAGGGGGAGAGUCACAUGCAAGAGAUUAAGGACACUGUGUGUUCCUUGAGGGCUGAAGUUCAAGUAGAGCUGGACCGUGGUUUGAAAGAAUUUGAGUUACAGCCCAUGACCGCUUCACACAUGGACAAUGACAAAGAGAACCACACAUCAGCUACACUGAAUAUGGGGAAAACGGCCUACAGCAACAGAGACGAGCAGUGUCGUGGAGAAGUGCUGAGAGAGAAGCUGAGGCAACAUGAAGAUAAUCUAAAGGCGCAGCUGCGCAGGUGCAUGUUCUCUCAGCAGGAGGCACUGAGUCUACGUAGGCAGCAGACAGAGGGAAGCAUCCAGGGCCUGCGUAGACGAGUAGACAAGCUGGACCAGCUACUGACCAUGUCUGGCCAUGAUUUCUCCUACUUAAAUGACUCAAACAUUCUCCCCAAAUAUACACGAGUUUGCCGUCCAAACGAGAUCACAUGGGAUUACCUUUCACAGUCAGACACUGAGAGGUGCCGGCAGCGGAGGGAGAGAGAGCGUUCCUUCAGUCCAAUUAUGCUAGACCCCACCAUUCCUGAGAAAGACUAAACAUGCAUGCUGAGCCAAGUGCAUUGAAGCCAAAACCGUCACUCUGGUUGUUGCUGAAGCCAAGUUCCUGCGUGAAGCAGAUUCCCAGCUGUCAGUCUACAGAAAACCUGUGCCCUACACGAAGACAGAGUUGAAGUUGUAAAUAUUCUGGAUUCAUUUUUUUUUAAAUCUCAAAGCCAAAAAGUGCCGCCCUGCCCCAAGAAAGAUUGAGAGUUUAUACACUUAUUAAGAAUAUUUUUAACAUUUUUGGAAAAAAAAACUUUUUUAAUAAAAUAAUGUGCCUGAAAUGUGUGGCAUGUAUAUUUAAACUA